GAUCGACACCUCCGCCAUGGAUUUACACGACGUGCAGCAGCAGGCAAUGAGCCUCUAUAACGAGGCGACUACGCAGUUCCACAGGAUACCCGGUUCAGCGAUUGUCCUAAGAUACAUCAAGUCCUCUUACCAGAAUGACCCGGUGCGGUCCGCCGUCGAGCUAUUUCUGUUCCUGUUCUUCGUGCGCUACCUCUUGUCGCCCAAAUACUCGACACAGAAGCAGAAGAUUGCUCUCACAGAAGAUGAGAUUGAUGAACUGGUUGAAGACUGGACUCCGGAGCCCCUUGUUGCACCGCAGACAGCACUCGAGGGGAUGGACAACGACAAGCGUCCAGUUAUCGUCGGCCCGACCGGUCCCAAAACGAAACUUUCAAACGGCCGCACAGUGACGAACCUCGCCUCUUACAACUUCCACAACUUUUUGUCCAGUGAAACGCUCAAGGAGAAGGCUAUCAACACACUGCGCACCUAUGGCGUCGGUCCUUGUGGCCCCCCCGGCUUCUACGGCACACAGGAUGUACACAUGAAAACGGAAGCGGAUAUCGCCGCGCAUUUGGGCGUUCCGGCGUGCAUCAUCUACGCUCAAUCUUUCUCGACCAUUUCUAGUGUUAUCCCGGCUUUUUCGAAAAGAGGCGACAUCAUUGUGGCCGACAACUCCGUCAACUACUCUGUUCGGAAGGGCAUUCAGAUCUCUCGCAGUACUGUCAGAUGGUUUGAACACAACGAUAUGGAUGAUCUAGAGAAAGUUUUGGAAAGAACCGUUAAGGAACAAGCUAGGAAGCCUCUCACUAGGCGGUUCAUCAUCACAGAGGGUCUUUUCGAGAAUGUGGGAGAUGUGGCUAAUCUGCCCAAGCUGAUCGAGCUCAAGCUCAAGUACAAGUUCCGUUUGAUCCUUGACGAAACCUGGUCGUACGGCGUCCUUGGUCGCACCGGCCGCGGUGUCUCCGAAGCACAGAAUGUCGACGCUUCCGAAAUUGACAUGAUAAUCGGCUCGCUCGCAGGCCCCCUUUGUGCAGGUGGUGGUUUCUGUGCAGGCUCCGAGGAGGUCGUUGAACAUCAGCGCAUUUCCGCAGCCGCAUACACGUUUUCCGCUGCCCUGCCGGCCAUUUUGUCGACCACAGCCAGUGAAACGGUAGCCCUGCUACAGGAAAACCCCGAUUUGCUGGUACAAUUGCGCGAGAAUAUCAAGAGCAUGCGCGCUCAGCUUGACCCCCGCAGCGACUGGGUGAGAUGCACGAGCGUGGUGGACAAUCCAAUGAUGCUGUUGUCACUAAAGCCGGAAGUUGUGGCCUCGAAGAGGUUGACGGAUAUGGAUCAGGAGUUUUUGCUGCAAGAGGCCGUUGACGAGUGUCUCUCCAACGGCGUCCUCGUUACGAGGCUCAAGGCCAUGCCGCCGGCUGUCGGUGCGGGUGAGAAGGAGAGGGGCUGGCAGCCGGUGCCAGCAAUCAAGGUCUGCGUGACUUCGGGCCUGUCGAAGAAGGAGAUUGAGAAGGCGGGUGUGGUCAUUAGACAUGCCAUCACCAAGGUCAUGACUAAGAAGAGGUGAUGAGAGACGACAUGAAUGCGGGAGAGGUUUUCACAGCAUAGCAGCAGUUGUAAUAAUGCUUAAUCAAGCUACCGAUAGGUGGCGCUGUUUUUUCCAUCAGCCACC